UGCUCCGAAAACACGUUUUGGAAACGCGUUAACACGUUUCUUCCUCGGUUUGGCCGCUUUUUCGUGUGAUAACGUUAAUUUUCCGCGACAAAAUGAGUAACAAAAUAAAGCUUUUCAACGACUCCGAUCAAGAGGACGAGGAGGAGCAGGUGGACUUCCGCACGAACAAAAACUACGCCAAGCACUACGACGAGUUCCGCAAGAAAGAAAUCCUCGGGCAGCUCAAAAAUCUUGAUCCCGGUUCCGGUUCCAGUGACUCGAGUGAUGACGAAACGACCGAUGAGGAGAUUGUGGAUGCGGACUUUGACAAAGAGUUCUUCCGUACGCUCGCUUUCCUGAAGCGCAAAGACCCCAACAAGUACACGGAGCAGCCAUCGUUUUUCCAGGAUGUAAAACCCGUCGAAGAGGUCGCUCUGACGAAGCGGCAUCGCAAAGAGAAACCGAUGACACUGAAAGACUACGAGCGCAAAGUGAUGCUGGAGAAGGGCGGUGUGUUCGAGGACGAAGAGGAUCCAGAUGUGGAGCGUGUCCAGCGGCCAGAGUCGCCUUCAUUGGUAGAGCAGCAGAAACGUAUUAAGGAGGAAAUCAAACAGGCGCUCAACAAGGUAGCCUCCAGCGAAGAUGAAAGUGAUCAGGAGGCCCGCGAUGAUGGCCCAUCGGCCAAAGGGGGCGGUCUGUUGAAGGAACGAGUAAGAAGUAAAGCGGAGACCGAGAAAGAGCAAGCCGAUUACCGUCGAUGGCUAGCGGAUCAGGCAGCCGAUGAGGAGCCGCCGAGCGAGGAGGUGAAAGCAUUGCAGCCGUUGAAACAUUUCUGGACCAGCGAGAAACUUUCCAAAGAGGAUGCCUUCCUGAAGGAUUACAUCCUUAACAAACGGUUUGUGCAGGGUGGUGAUAUUCCUAGCUACGACGAUAUCGUGGCCACGUCAGAGGAUGAGGAGGAGUUGGAGAAACAGGAAGAGUACGAGCGGCAGUACAACUUCCGGUUCGAAGAACCAGAUCCGGAGUACAUCAAACGAUACCCCCGUACGGUCGAGGAUACGGUGCGAAUCGAGCGAAACAAGCGCCAGGAGCAGCGGCAGGCAUUGAAGGAACGUAAACAGAAGGAAAAGGAACAGCAGCGGCGAGAGCUCGAAGAGUUGAAGGCGGUCAAGUUGCGCGAAAUUAAGGAGCGCAUUCAGCGACUGAAGGAAAUUGCUGCCACGGAAAAGCUGGCCAUGGAUGAGGCCGAUCUCGAGUCGGAUUUCGAUCCGGAUGAGCACGAUCGACGGAUGAGGGAAAUGUUCAACGAUGAGUACUACGGUGUGGACGAGGGCGAUCAGAAACCAGAGUUCCCCGAGCUGGACGAAGAGCUAGGCAUAGAGAACUAUGAUCGAGAUGAUGCGCUAGCUGUCCGUAACGUUGGUGAUGUUGAUGACGAAGAACAGGAUGGUCCCCAUUGUGAAGAUGAUGAUUUCGUGAUGGAUUGUGACUACGAGGAGCAGGCGAGUGCUGCGAAAGAGAGCGGCAAAGAGGCACUUCAGCAAGAACUGCUUGAAUCUACGCGUAGCCGCAAGAAGAAAGGUCGCCGCCAGUCCAAGUUCCGUGAGGUGUUAAAAGCGGAGAAACCACUGUUUGAUCCAGAGGAUGAGAAAACUUUCGGCGAAUAUAUCGACGAGUACUACAAGCUGGACUACGAAGACGUAAUCGGGGGAAUGCCAUGCCGUUUCCGGUACGUUGAAACGACACCCAACGAUUUCGGUCUCUCGGUAGAGGAGAUACUAAUGGCAAACACGCGCGAGCUGAAUCACUGGGCAAGUGUCAAGAAAGCGGUCCAGAUACGACCGAAAAAGGUCGAACAGCAGGAAGUGGAGCUUUACAAGAGGAAAGCAUCGAACGAGCGGAUCAAGCGUAAGAUUCUGCCCAGUUUGUACGCUCAACCGGAGGAUGAAGAAGAGAAGGUUGACCAAGAGAUAGCAGAGCGGAAAAUGAGUGAUACGCAAGGCUCUGGAAAGGGUGAAGAUAAGAAAAACAAAGGAAAACAAAAAGACAAUCGGGGGAUUGAACAAAAGACGGUCACCGGCAAUGACCAGAAGGUUGAAAAAGUGAAUGAGGAUGACAAUCCAUCCGCCGAGACAGAUAAGCCGAAAAAACAAAAGAAGAACAAGUUGCAAGUAGUUACUGACCCUGCGAAUGAUAACGAAACCCCUCCUGUGGAGACAAUUAAAAAGAAAAAGAAAGCCAAGGUUAAGGUCGAGAAUGACGGUGCCGUUGCAAAUGGCCAUGCUGACACCUCAUCCGUGCAAAAGGUUACCUCCAAUGAAGCUCAGAAUGGAAAUAAUUUACCGAAGAAAGAAAAGAAGAGCGAAGCCAAAAAUCAGAACCACGAUAGUCCAAAUGGUUCCUCUCAGACACAGAAACGAAAAUGGCAACAACAUGAUCAACGUUCGCCGGCGAAUUCUAGUGAAAAAUCCUGGGGUGGUCCAAAGAAGGCUCGAUUCGAACCUUCCAAAGGAGGAACACAGUUUGGCAAAAGAAACCAUGGCCAGGGCGGCGGUCCGAAAGGCGGAAAAAAUCAUCAUCGUCAGGAGAGUGCCAACGAUCAGCGGUUACGGGCGUUCGGUUUGAAUCCGCGAAAGUUUCAUAAUCGUCAAAAGUACGGUGGUCAAUCGCAAAACGGGAACAACGGCAAAAAAGGCAAUUCUAGCACAGGUUCGCGACCUCAAGAAAAAAUGAACAAGAAAACUACCUUCGCGUGAAACGAUGUGCCCAACGGAACGGUAUCAGUAAAUUGCAUACGGAAUACCGUAUCUUUUUAAUUA